AUGAGUACGGUAAUGCUAAAAGACCACACCCAUGGCGUCAGCUAUUGCAUCGAUGCUCUCUCGAAGGCCGGUUAUCACCGCGCCAGAGUUCUGAAGCUCGGCGACUACGACAGAGUGAGAAUAGACGAUUUGAACGUGCAAAGGUGAAACUCAAAAAUUUCCAGAUCGUCGGAGGCAUUGCUUGGGCGAUCACAAGAAUUGAGCCUCGCUGUAAGAGAUCGUUCUCGUGGCAGUUCCGAGAGGACGAAGAUGGCAAUACGAAGACGAUUUCUCAGACGAAGUAAGAGAAAUGCCUGUAUCGAAAUCACUGAAUUGACCAAUAGUGUUGCGGACAUUAGGGAAUCUCCUCUGACUAUGUAUUAGCUCACAUCAUGACGUCUGUGUCGGGUACAAUUCCUGAUUUCCUGCUCUCUCUCUCUCUCUCGCUCUCUAACGUCAACGUUACGCCGUCUUACAGACACGAAUGCAACGGAGUCUUCGAGGAUUUGAAGCAACUCAAGUAUCCGCACAUCACCGAAAUCGAGUCGACAGAUCUCAGCCAGUUUAACGCUGAGAAGCUCGUGAAGGUGGUCGAUUGGGUUCUCAGAGACUUUGUCAACUACGACGUGGAUGAUAAGCGCUACAGCGCGUUUCUAAAGUUUUUCGAAAGUCCUCACCAAUACGACGUGACUGCGUACAAUUAUUUCUUGCCGAAUUUGCGCUUGAUCAACCUGACUCGCACUCCGGACAUCUACAGAAUGGGACUGUUCGAUGCGUCCAUUCUCUACGACUAUCGUCUGAUCGGAAAGCACAUCAUGGGCGAGUACCUCCAUUACCAGGAGACCGGAGAGCGUAUCUACCCGAAGCGUUAUCCGCUGGACAAGGAAGAGGCGCGUCGCGUAGCGAACGUCCAGCUCAAGCUGUGGCAGAGACACGAGUGGUUCGUCAAAAAGGUAAUCGCCGCGUCAUAGGAUCUUCCUUCUAGCCAUUCUUUGUACAGAUUUCAACGGCCAACACCGAGACGAAGAGAGCGUUGAUUGACGCUGCCAACAGAAGCUUCUCAAAGGAUGAGACUGACGAGGAGAUUGCGUAUCGCGACAAACUUGUCAAACUCAUUGAGAAAUUUGGAAUGUGCCGUUUCAUGAGUGUGAUCGAGACGGAAAUUGAAGAAGAAGCGAUCGAGUGCAACAGACUCAACUACUAUUACAAGCUUAUGCAGGACCAGUACAAGACUGUUACGAAGACGACGUUGACUCUGUAAGUUUGACAAGAGAAGUAACCGAACAAACUCAUCCUUUCACAGGUGCUUCGAUCCGGAACUCGUCAAGAGAAGAGUCAACGCGGGCCUUGACAGAUCCAGCAAGCUCUUCGAUUGUUUGUGCAAAGAUCUCGAGGUGCUCUACAGAAAUGAGUCCCAAUGUGAGCGCGCUAUCGUGAUCGGAGGUGACGAGGCCAAGAACUGCUUGAGACGUUCUCGUCUCGACGAUGCUAUGGAGAAGCGGAAGAGCUGCGAAAGAGUGAGGCGGAGUGCCUGAUCGCCGCAUCUCCUAACCAUUUCAUUCAUUUCAGCUCAUCAUUAGAAUUCGCGCUCUUGAACGUGAAGUCGCAAUGAGAAACGUCGAGUUUCGUGACUGCAAAUACAGCACCAGCUUGGUGAAAGAGCCAUUCGAUCGCGUUCUCAAGACGAGACUGGAGUCUGCUGAUCGUAGCAUCGGAAUGAGAAUCUGCAUGAAGAUUCGCGAGAUCUCGUCGAUGAUCCGUACCGCGGAGUAUGGGCAGGAGUGAGUCACCCGCGUACCACAGGCAUAUAAUUGUGCUCAUUUUUCCAGUAUCACAAACCGUUAUCUCCAAGCCUUCGUUGCGUACCUCUCGGAUUGCCGUAUUCUCCUUCUCGACUACAAGCACAAGGCCAAUCUGGUGCUCAACGAGCGCGAGAAGUCAAAGAUCAAGCACUUCAAGAUGCACGAUAUCAUCCAGACCAGCUGCAUGGAGGUGUCCAUCAAAUCAUUGGAGUGUGACGUGGUGAGUUUUGAAAAGAGCAACACAGCUAGGAGCUAUGUGUGUUUGGGAGACCGCUUCACAAAUAUAUGAACAAUAAUCUUCCACAUCUCAACAAUUCUGCUUACAGCUCCCGAAACUGGAUCGUGAUCUCCGCAACUUGCACUCAGUCGUCGCCGACUACGAGAAAACAUCGCCGGCGUACAUCGAGUACACGAAGACGCCCGGUUACAAGGCACCGGAGUUUGUCUAA